AUUCUGCCGACAUCCCGCAACGACUAGCUGCUUGAUUUAACUCAGCUACCGAUUGAUAUGGGUUACCUGAAACAAAUUGACAUUGAAAACUUUAAGUCAUGGCGAGGAAAGCAAGUUAUCGGCCCAUUCAUGCAGUUCAGCUGUAUAAUUGGUACAAAUGGCUCUGGCAAGUCCAACGUGAUGGAUGCUCUGAGCUUCGUCAUGGGGGAGAGGGCCGUGUCCCUCCGAGUGAAGCACCUCAGAGACCUGAUUCACGGAGCUCACAUCCGCCAACCAGUCUCCAACACCGCCCGCGUCGCCAUGCGAUACUUCGACGACGAGGACCAGGAGACGGUCUUUAGCCGGAUUAUCAAUGGUGACUCCUCUGAGUAUCGCAUCAAUGAUGUACAUGUUAGUUUUGCCGUAUACAUGGAGGGCCUUGAGAAGAUUGGCAUCGUGACCAAAGCUCAAAACUGCCUUGUGUUCCAGGGGGCAGUGGAGUCCAUAGCUUUGAAGAACCCGAAGGAGAGGACCAAAAUGCUGGAGUGUAUCAGUCAGUCUAAGGAAUAUGCUGCAGAAUACCAGAAGAAAAAAGAGGCCCUUUUGAAGGCCAAAGAGGACACGCAGUUUCAGUACAAUAAAAAGAGAUCUGCCACUGUUGAGAGGAAACAGGUGUCUCAGGAAAAAAUCGAGGCUCAGAAGUACCAGGCCUUGGUGGAUGAACUCCUCCAAAACCGUCUGCAGUUGACCCUUGCUGAGCUUUACAAUAAUGAGAAGGGCAUCAGUGCUCUCAGUGACACACUGAGGGAGAGACAAGAUGCUGCUGCUGCUAAGAACAGUCAACUGGUGAACUGCGAGGAAACAUUCAAAACCCACAAGAAGGAACAUGGACGACUCAUGAGAGAACAGCAGCACAGUGAGAAGGAGAUCCGAGCCCAGGAACAUAUCCUGUCUCAGUCUCGGUCUCAGUACAUCAAAGCCAAAGUGAACACCUCUCAUCAUGUGAAGAAGGCUGAGAAGUUGCGUGAUGCCCUGAAGAAGGGUCAGAAGCAGUUGGCUAUUAAAGAGCAGGAGCUGGCAGAGGGUCAGCAGGAGAUUACUGACCUUCAGAGGGCCUGGCGGACCUAUGAGAAGCAGGUCCAAGAACAGGGAGCAGCCAGUGGGAGAGACAUUGAGCUGAAUGAGGAUCAGUUGGAGCAAUAUAAGGAUUUGAAGGAGCUGGCCCGGAAGCAGGGGGCUGUCCUCAGCCAGCAGGUAGAGAAGCUCUUCUGGGAGGUGAGAGCAGACGGUGAGAAGAUGGCCUUCGACCAGCGUAGAAAGAAGGAAGUGGAGGCUGCCAUCAAGAACAAUCAAACUCAUCUGGAUGAUUUGACAUGCAGAGCAGAGAAGAUAGAGGAGUACACCAAGACGUGCAUGGCAUCCCAAGAGGAGUACCGUCGGCAGGAGGAAAGCCUGAGUGCAGAGCUGCAUCGAGGUCGCCGCCGUAGUGAGUUGGUGAACCAGGAGCUGGGCCAGGUGAUGGAGGAGCUGGGGAACGCUCGCCUGGACCGGCAGGAGAGCAAACGGCAGCUGCAGCGCAAAGAGCUGCUGGAGAAGCUUCGCAGACUCUACCCCGAGACUGUGUGUGGCAGACUGUCUGACCUGUGCAGCCCUAUCCAUAAGAAGUAUCAGCUGGCUGUCACUAAGGUCUUUGGACGCUAUAUGAACGCUAUCGUGGUGGCAACAGAGAAAAUAGCCCGUGAUUGUAUCGCUUUCAUCAAGGAGGAGCGAAUGGAACCUGAAACCUUCCUACCCAUCGACUACUUGGAUGUGAGUCCUCUGCAUGAGCACCUGAGAGAGGUGCCUGGUGCUAAGAUGCUGGUGGAUGUGGUGCAGGUUAAGGCUGCCACAGGUGCUGCUCAGCUGAGGAAAGUGGUGCAGUUUGUCUGUGGAAAUACCCUGGUUUGUGAAACCAUCAAAGAAGCCAGGAGUGUGGCCUUUGACAGACGUGAACGCGUUAAGACAGUAGCCCUGGAUGGGACACUGUUUGCAAAGUCGGGUGUAAUUUCUGGAGGCUCCAGUGACCUGCGGACCAAAGCUCGGGUCUGGGAUGAGAAGGACAUGAUGAAGCUGAAGGAACGCAAAGACCAGCUUACCACAGAGUUACGCGAUCUGAUGAGGCUUAGGAGGAAGGAGUCAGACCUGAAACAGAUCAUUGCUCAAGCUCAGGGAGUUCAGAUCCGCCUCAAAUACUCCAAAACUGAGCUGGAAAAUCUCAAGAAGAAAAACAUCAUAAAAUGCCAAACGGAAAUUUCUCGUAUGGAGAGUGAGUUAGCAAACCUAGACUCUCAGAUUCAGAUGCAGCAGGAGAGUGUGGAGGCAAAGACUGCAGAGAUGAAGAUGAUGAGACUUCAGAUUUGCCAGAUGGAGGACUUGGUGUUUUCUGAUUUCUGUGCUGAGAUCGGUGUCGACAACAUCAGAGAGUAUGAGCAGGAGCACUUGAAACAGCAGGAAGAGCUUGACAAGAAACGCCUGGAGUUUGAGAGUCAGUAUGUUCGCCUGAAUGCACAACUUGAGUAUGAGCAAGUCCAACUGGCGCAGCAUAAGACGAACCUCUACAAAAUGGAGGAGACCAUCAAAAAGGAGGAGGGAACCAUGGCUGAACAGAGAAAGGAGGAGAAGAAGCUGUUGAUGGUGGUGGAUGAGGGUCAAAAUAAGCUGCUGGAGCUGAAGAACCAGCUGCUCUCUAAGAAAAGCCAGGUGUCUGCUGUCAAAUCUGAGCUGGACCAGAGAGCUCGAAGUCUUCAGGGGAUUAACAAGGAGUUGGUGAAGCUUCAGCAGGAAGUGAUGACUGCAGAAACUGCUUUGGAACAAAAACGCUUGGCCAGACAUAACUUGCUGCUGGUCUGCAAAAUCCAGGGCCUGCCCAUCACUCUGCUGUCAGGAAACCUGAAUGACAUCACUGAGGUGCAGCUGGACACAGAAUCUGAAAGCUCUUCUUGGACUUUGGACAUCUAUGAGAGAGAGGCACAGAUAAUAAUCGACUACUCUCUAGUGCAGGCAGAGCUCAGGACGCUAAAGAGUGAGAAAGAGAUGGAGGACUAUCUGGAGAAACUGAAGCAAUCAGUGACCUCUGUGGAGGGAGUGCUACAUCGCACCGCUGCCCCCAAUCUAAAAGCUCUGCAGAAAAUGACUGAGGUGAAGGACAAGUUACAGGGAGUGACAGAAGCCUUUGAUGCCAGCACCAGAGCAACCAGGAAAUGCAGUCAGGAGUUUGAGCAGGUGAAAGCGCAGCGCUUCCGCCUCUUCAGCCAGUGUUUUGAGCAUGUGUCUGUGGUGAUCGAUCAAAUCUAUAAAAGAAUAUGCAGGAACAGCAGCGCACAGGCUAUUCUGAGUGCAGAGAAUCCAGAUGAGCCAUACUUGGGUGGCAUCAACUACAACUGUGUUGCACCAGGAAAACGUUUCAUGUCCAUGGACAAUCUGUCUGGUGGAGAAAAGGCCAUCGCUGCCCUGGCCUUGUUAUUCGCCAUACACAGUUACCGUCCUGCUCCUUUCUUCAUCUUGGAUGAGGUGGAUGCAGCCCUGGACAACACUAACAUCAGCAAGGUAACCAGUUUCAUCAGAGAGGUGUCGAGGGAGAACACGCAGAUCAUUGUCAUCUCCUUGAAGGAGGAGUUUUUCUCCAAGGCUGAUGCUUUGCUGGGAGUCUAUUCAGAUUUUGAUGAAUGCAUGUUCAGCCGCAUUCUGACCCUGGACCUGCGUCCUUACCCUCUGGUUGAAGAUGAGAACGGGAAACAUGCUGAAAAGAAGUCAAGACAAGAGAGAAAAGUGGAAGCACCGGCAUAAAGCUAUAUCCUCAAUGUUUUUUUUAUAUCUUUGGGCUAGUUGUCAGGGAGAAGUAGUUAUACUAAAUACCAUAUUCUUCUCUCUAUGUUCUACUACUGGCUGCUUUUGCUGUAGGGUUUUAAUGAACUGCCCGGUUUCUGCUUGAUUGGAUUUUCAAACCAGUUCAUGAGCAAGUUGUUUUAACAUUUUUACAUUUUGGUCAAUGUGGGAGGAAGAAUACACCCAUAUAGAGCCUAAAACACACAAAUGACAGCAUUUGAAGAGAACGUGUGUUUCUUAAUGUGUUAGUUCUCAGUUCUUCCAGGUUGGUAAAUGUUGGUAUAUUAACUUCUUUUUACUUGAUGUAUUUUGUGUGAAGUUAUGCUUCAAAACAUGUCAAAUUAUUAAAUUGGAGAGAUGACACAUGUCAGUGUUUCAACACUGUCAUACUUUGCCAAUGUUUUAAUUUAGAUGUAAACUGUUAUAUCAUUCCUUGCUCUUCAUAUUGUUAUUAGUAUUGCUAAUAAAUAGAGUAACAGAGAAGAA